AUGAGCAUCGGCUCGCAAGAGGCCAGCUCACAGGGCACCCAGGUUGACCCUGGCGCUGCUGCGGCCGGUUCCAAACCUUCUGCCUCAUCUCCAUCAUCUUCCGAUCCUGCCCCUCGAACGCCAACGCCUCCGCCAAACUCCGCACAGCAGGCCGUUCAAGCCGCUCCAACGCAACAGCAGUCCCAGCAGCAAUCACACCAACCCUCGCCAUCCCAAUCAAUAUCUCAAAAUGUCGCCGCACAGCCAUCGUCCAGCGCACCUGCGCAAGCCAAGGUAGCAUCGUCUUCGGCUCCCGCUCCAGCGUCUCAGCCUCCGCCCCGCCCACCACCUCCAGCCAGUGCUGUCAGUCUCCAUGAUGCUGCUGCCAAAGCCGCCGCCGCAGCCGCCAACAAAGCUGCUGCCCGUGGCAGUGCUUCGACAGACUCCAACUCGACGCAGACCGUCACGCCAGCGAAAACGCAGCCGACUUCCAGCUCGUCGGGUCUCGACAAUAAAAGUGAAGCGAACGGAUCCAUGAAGAAGACCGCCAAGCCGAAAGCUCCCAAGCCACCAGGUCAGACCAAGCCAAAGCAGAAGCGUCGGGCGAAUCAGGCCAGCACUCAGGACGAGCUCGUCUACCGUCCCACCUCGAGCACAGUAGGCGGCACCAUCGGCGCCGCUCCGGACUCGGUCAUCCCCGCCAUGCUCACUGCGGCCGGAGGUGGUCGCAAGGCCCUGCCAGAGCUCGUGCUUCCCUUUCAGCUACCCUACGUCGACGUCCGUCCCGAUUUCCCGGUCCUUGACAACGCCAGCGUGCAGUCCGCCAUGGCUAUGGGCGCCUCCGAGACCUCAUCGCCCGAUACCGGCAGCGACAGCGACGACUAUUCGGUCUUGUCCGACGAAUCCGAUCUGGACAGCGAAGCAGAGGAGAGCCGGAGACAGGCUCGCAGGCGCAGAAAGGAGCCGGCAACCAUCGAAGAGAGCCUCGUGCUCCUCCAGUCGCUCAGACAAUCGCGCCUUUCGCACCUCUCCUCUCUCUUGACGCCCUUCAGCCAACGCGUCAAGUCGGGCAUGAUCUAUCCCAACGUCCUCCCACUCAGCCUGCUCCACGGCCUCAACCCGAGAGAACCGCACGUCCUCAUCCAGCUCGGCCGCGCCGACAUCCACGUCGGUCCGCAUGUCUUCAUGAAGACCAAGUUCUGGGAGGUCCGUCCCGACUACGAGAUGCCGCCAAUCAUGGAUCCGCUCGCACGCAUGCGUGCACAUGGCUCGUUCGGAGGCCCUCCCGACUACGUCCGUCUAUCGGCAUCUCAGCCGCUGCCGCACCACAUGUCGCAACCUCCGCCUCCCCAGCUUCCUUCGCCACGAGCAGCUCCUGUCAUCCCGGCACCCAGCGUGCCCCUGGCGCGACCUCCAACCUCGUCAGCCAAGCCGCUUCCAGCACGUCCCCCUCAGACGAGCGGUCCCUCCCCGGCUCCAGCGACAGCCAGCACCUCAGUUGCCGCCCCGUCCACCUCCUCGGUCCAGGCCGUCACAAAACCUAUCGCACCGGCUGCACCAGUGGUGUCGUCGACCCCGACGCUGCCCGCGACGCCUGUGGCAAGCUCUGCUUCUGCGCGGUCGUCUCUGCCUUCCAAACCGCCGAUCUCGACGCCACCGUCCGCAUCCGCUUCAUCAGGGACGACGACCGCACCAGCUGCAUCUCAAGCCUUGGCUUCCUCCCUCCCAGCAAAGCCUGCCGCUCCUGGCCCGUCUACUGCCUCUGUAGCACCUGUAGCAUCAGCUGGCACGUCGACGGCCGCUUCUUCGACCCCCGCGUCACCUGCUAUCGCUGCUAAGCCAACCGUGCCCGGCGUCGCAGCUAGGGCAGUGCCUUCGACAGGCAACGCUGGGGCUGCUACCAGCGCAGCUGCUGAGACCAAACCGGCAUCGGUCACACCGGCACCUGUUGCUGCAACACCCAAGCCUAUCGCCCUGCCGGUGUCGCUGCCACGGCCUCCUAUGACGACGCCAUCGCUUCCUCGACCGCCAAGCAUCAACCAAGCCCACAUGGCCUCGAAUGCGCUUGCCAGCUCGACUGCUGCCAGCGGCGCUGCCACAUUGGCAGCAGCGCCAACGGCGUCGUCGCAAACGCCUGUCGUCACUGGUACGCAGGCGAAGCCUACUUCAGCGAUUGCGCCCGUCCUCCCGCUGGCAGCAGACAACACUGCAAGUAGCUCUGCAGGUCCAUCGACGUCAGCGACUGCGGCGGCUCCUGCUGCUAGUGCAAGCACCACGCCGGCAGCUCCGAGCGCAACCAGCACCUCUGCAUCAUCGUCUCAAGCGGCCGCAGCCGGCAAGCCCGCUGACGCCCCUGCCGCUACUACGUCCACGCAGCCUCCGCCGCGCCCUGCCGGCGUCCCGCCGCCUCCAGCGAUCGAUGCUGUCUUGGUCUCGCGAGUCAACGCCACUGCAGCGCUCAAUCCUGAGCUGCAAGAGCUUCUCCACAUCGCCGCUUCGGGGAAAGCAAAUCCGAACCAGCUCAAGGCACUUGGUGUUUGGAUUCAAGCUAUCACGGCGCAGCUCCGGCAGGAUGAGGCACGCAACGCAGCUGCUGCCAACAAGGCUGGCGCCGCAGGCUCGUCUGCCAGCAACGGCGCCUCUGCCGCCAAUGCAGCUGCGGGUAAGAAGACGAAGAAGACCAAAGUGGAUGAGGCAGCCAAGGCAAGCAAGAAGCAAGCCAAGAUCGAGGAACGCGAGGCAAAGAAGCAGGCCAAGGCCGAGGCGAAAGCAAAGGCACAGGCCGACAAGCAGAUGGCUCAAAAGCAGCAGAAGGAGAAGCAGCAGAAGCAGCCGAAGCAGCAGCAACAGCAGCAGCCAACCGUGCCGCCGGUUUCGAACAAGCUUCGUCACCCUCCUCCUGGAUGGCCAACUGAUGGUCCACCCAAACCUCCGGUCAUCAUCGUCGAAUUCCGAGAGAAUCCGAGCAUGCGCUUCAUCCUUCCCCUGUGGAAAUGCCUCGUGGAGCGCACCGAGGGCAUCGAGCGACCUUCGAUCCCCAAGGUGAAGAAGGAGAGGCGCAGCUUCUUCGACAACGACUCGGAAGACGAAGAGAGCCAGAGGAUCGAGCCGGAGCUCAAGCUCAGCUUCUUUGCGCCAUCGCUCGGCUCGGACGCGGCGGACGGCAGUGGGCUUCGCGAGCUCGAAGAGGAGCUCAAGCGAAAAGCGGCCGAAGAGGCCAGGCUCAAUCCAAGCAAGACAACGACCCCGGCUUCUCAGGCCGCCAACUCGACGGCUUCACCCGAGGCGCAGGCUCCGGCUGAGGACAAGAACGGCGAGACCGCGUCGGCGGCGUCCGGCAAGAAGAAGAAAGGCAGCGCCAGCACGGGCGGCAAGAAGAGCAGCAAGGUCAUCAAGCAAGAAGCCAGCGACAUGAACGGGAUGGCCGACCUGAAUCUGAGCAAGAAGCACGAGGUGUACCCUCUUACAUGGAGCAUCAAAGGCGGAGUGACCGAGAGCCUCUGGGAGGCGUUCGGACGCGUGCCGGGCACGAUGACAUGCCAGCCGGUCAAGCGAGAGCCCGAGAUCGAGCUCGAGCCGGACGUGGCCGAGUUCCUGGUGCCCGAGAUUCGGUACCACCUGCUGGACCUGCCGAUGGAGGAGAUCAAGUUCCAGAAGGAGACCACCGACUCGUUUGUUGACCUGUACAGCCAGAUGCCCGACCGACGCUUCAUUUUGCCGCGCGUUGCGCCCGCGUUGCUGCCGCAGGGCCUGGAGGACCACCUUCAGGAUCGAUUCGCCGUUCGCCCUCAGUGCGUGUCGGGACGACCGAUGGUGAAGCGCAAGGCGGGCGCCCGCGAUGACGACGUCAGCUUCUCGUACGAAGGCAUCGGGCUCACGGUGAUUGGGCCGAACGGCAUCCAGACGGAAGCGGGUGCGACGCCUGCCAAGCCGCCGAAGCGCAAGCGACAUGUGGCGACGCACAAUCCGGACGGCUCGAUCAAGAGCUGCGGAGCUUGCGGCAAGACCAAGACGCCCAUGUGGCGACGCGGACCCAAGGGGCCGUCGCAGCUGUGCAAUGCGUGCGGAGCACGAUGGAAGGCGGGACGUCUGGUGGUGCCGGAAGUGGCACCGCCGCCGAUCAUCGAGACGGAAGAGAGCAAGACGAAGGACGAGGAGGCUCGCAAGGAGGACGAGGCGCAGGCGUCGAUGCACGGCAGCAAUGCGCUCGUGAUCCCGCAGAGCUCGAGUGGAGACGACGGCAGCUUCACCGUCAUGGCGGCGAGCGGCUUGGUCGGGCCGGCUGCGUUUGGCGACCACAGCGGCGCAGGAAUGUACUCGCUCGGCUCUGACAGCAAGACGGGCAUGGGCUUCGGCUCGAGCCACCUUGCUCGCGGCUCGGCGAGUCCGAGCCCGUUCAUCCGCUCGCCGGUGCCGGAGGACGAGGUGAUGCCGGCGUCGGUGGACCCGAGCAUGCUGUCGGGCUCGAUGCGCCUCCCUUCGAAUCGUCGUUGA